GACAGUACGACUUCAUCACCGGACCGCCUCCUAACAUACUUAAUCGUAGUACGAGGUCUCGUUACUCUUGGUCGGAAUACUUUCUUUUGGCCUUCCUGGCAUGGUUGGACCUUGUGGAACGAAGUUCCGGUCAGCGCAACCCGCGAGAUUAUUGCAGCACCCAGGCCGGACCCCCACGUCAAGGAAGCAGCUUACCAUCAAAUAUAGCUGACAACUUUCUUGGGCUCGGACAGAAUGUGGACAUUCGAAUCGAGUUGGACGACGAAGAACACAGGAAGCAGGAAGAAUGCAAGACCGAGGAUGGGCACGUGUAUCCGCUCUCUGUCUACUACGAUGGUGAGACAGUUGCAGGUAGGGUACUGAUCGGGAUGAAACGUGGGAGCAAACUGGAGCAUCAAGGAAUUCGCAUCGAUUUCCUUGGUGUUAUCGAGUUCUUCACUGAUCGUGGCAAUCGGGACGAGUUCAUUACUCUUAGCCAGGACUUGGCUCGUCCUGGCAUACUAUCUCAGCCAGUUUCCUACCCUUUUGAAUUCCUUACUGUCAACAAGCCUUAUGAAAGCUAUUGUGGAACACAUGUUAGACUAAGGUAUGUUACGGUUGCAGCUUCUGUUCACUAUUCAUUAGGUCCGAAUAUGUUCACCGAUUCUGAAACCAUUGCCAAGUAUGAAAUUAUGGACGGUGCUCCCGUUCGUGGAGAAUCUAUUCCUAUUAGGCUCUUCUUGCAGAGUUAUUCAUUGAGUCCCACAAUGCGUGAUGUGAAUCGGAAAUUCUCCGUCCGGUACUUCCUCAAUCUGGUCCUCCUGGAUGAAGAGGAACGCCGCUACUACAAGCAACAGGAAAUAAUACUUUACCGGCGACCCGACCGUCGUCGUAGACCUGUAGCACAGUGCCCAUCUACUGAACUGAACAAUACGCUCGAAGUGAACGACGUUAGCAGCUCGAUUCCCAGCGCUAAAGAAAACACGGUCCAGGAGCCAGCAAAAGAUGUCUCGGAUUCACUUGUAAAGCAGGCUUUAUCCACACCUGAAACACCUGCGCUAAACGGGUCUUCGAACACACCGGAGAACAUCACUGUCGAUGGUAAGGUACCGGAAAGUGCGGAUGAAGAUAUGGAUGGAUUAGAAAUAGAAAGCUCACCGGAAGCCUCUAGGACCUCGCGGAGCAUGCAUAGGUACGAACCGAAAAAAGUUCGCCAAGAUGCUCCUUCUGUCGAACAGGCGGAAUUCGAAGCGGCCCCUGUCAUUCAUUCCACAUUUUCCACCGAUUCCAACGUCCCACAGCAGCAGUCACCCGUUCCACCAGCUUCGGAAGACAGCGCAGUGUUGCAACACGUGGAGGAUGACGACAGUACUGUGAAAUAAGUGUUUCGACUAUGCCAUCUAUGGUCCUGUUUAUUUCUCCUAUCCAUCCAUCCAUGCAUCCAAUAAAUAACCUCAUCGAUUUCUUAGCGUAUCACGCUGAUGGUCACGACCGAUUGAUCUUUUAUUUUUUCUCUGGAUUCACUUGCAUGUAAAUACAUUUCUCCCUCACUGAUUAGAUCGCUGUGUGCUGGAAUAGAAUGGACAGACGUCCAUGAUCUCUUUCCUUCCUUCCUGAUGCGACCAUUUGUUCAUUCCGCUGAUUAUCUCAGCGUGAAUGUGCGGGUCCUGAAUACCUAGUCAAUGCAGCAUGCACUUACCACAGUUCAUUUUUCCUUUUGAUGACCAAGCUGCGCAUUCUGUUUUUAAUCUGCAAGAGAGCUUUCCCAUUUGUACUGAUUGUUCCUACCAUUAUGUUUGGUCCAUUCUAUUCUGCCCAGUUGUUUUCCCAACCGGUUGCUAUCCCGGCCCGUUUUUGACGCCUCCUUACUGAUUAAUUACUUGAUUCUCGCGAAUUUCGGUGCUAUUGAAAGACUUGAUUGCUCUAUUUAAAAAUGCAAGUUUCCUGGAGAUCAGCCUAUAGAACCUGUACUGCUUGUACGACAUGCAUGUAGUUGGAUGGCAUCCCAGACGGAUCUGCUGGUCAGGGGCCGUUGAUCCACUGCGCACACAAAUGAACAGAAGUGGUUAAUCCAGAGCGGAUUGUGAUGCAAGCUGCUGAUGUGAGAGAAUGAGAUAGGCCUACAAACGUGCGGCGACCUGUGGAGAAUCAUGCUGUCAAGAUAGUGGUCAACUGCAUUAGCUAGUUGGCGUCUAGGUGCUGGCGUCAUCUGUUGAUUCUUUUGUUUUUC